AUAUAUCGAUCAGGAUUGACGACUGUAGGCCUCCCCCUCCCGCUGUCAAAUCUAACCCUAAAGUCCCAAACCUUAAACCCUAAUCCCGAAAGCUCCCCCGCGCCGGAACGCUUUGAUCACUGUGGAGAUAAGGAGAAGCGGCGCCGCAGGAAUCAUCGAUUACAAAGGGGGCUGCUGCGAUAGGAUAGGGUAGUGGUUUGGGGCGAGAGAGAGAGAGAGAGAUUUUAUGUCGAGAAGUUUUGAUUUGGCUGUUGUGUUUGGUGCUCCGUCGUCAAAGCUCUGUUUCUCGUUAGUUCCAUUGUUAUCGGCUCCUUGGUUGAGAAAAUCCCUCUGCUGUAGCGUCCAGCAGAGCAGUAUCGGUUUCUUUCCAACCGUUUCGAUGCGUUUGAGGCCCAAAAGGACUUGCUCUGGAGUCGUGUGUUUUGGGGUAUAUCACAUAAAUCGGUUAUUUAAUUUGUUCUUGUUCCUGAGAAGUCCUUCUAGUCUACAAGUUGUUGGUUAAACGUCCUCUGAAUCUACGCUGAACAACAUAUUUGCCAUCUGUGUUGAUUUGAUUACUGCAUUAAUUGUUUGGAGGAACGUUUUGCCUGGGCAUAUUUGCCUUUUGUGUUGAUUUGAUUAGUGCAUUCUUUUGGAGGAACGAUUUUGCCUGUGUGGAUAUUCUUUUUGAGGGAUUUGGAGUGUCAGAAGCCAGUUUUGCUGAAGAAAGAGUUAAUAAUGGGAAGACCAAUUCCACCAGCGCAACCCAAAAAAGCUAUGAGGAGGCUCCGGAUUAUUUGCAACGAUCCGGAUGCUACCGACUCAUCUGAUGAUGAGACGGUGACUGCAAAGAGGGAUAAGCGUGUCAUUCAUGAGGUGUAUUUUCCAAUUGGGGAAAAGUCUGCCAAAGGCAAAUAUAGAGGUGUACGCCAGCGGAAGUGGGGAAAGUGGUCAGCUGAGAUACGCGACCCUAUUAAGAACAAGCGGGUUUGGUUGGGCACUUUCAAUACUGCCGAGGAAGCAUUCAUAGCAUAUGAAUUGAAAAGAUUGGAGUUCGAGGCAUUGACUAGUAAUAUUGCUGGCCAACCGUCGUCCGAUAAGGGUUCACACAAUGCCAAUGCAAAACCCUCUGAGGAGGAGAAGGCUAAUCUGCAAGGAGAUGCUGCCAAUUGUAAAAGUGAGGAAUCUUGUGCAAGUGCAGUGUCGCCCGUCUCCCUUACUUCUCCUCCAUCAAUGCCUGAGUUGGAUUCACUGAUCUCAGCAGUUAAUGAAAAGUCCGAGGAUGAGAAGGCUAGUGAUGUAUCAGUGAAAGUUAAUAAUCUUGAGCCAGAUACGGCUGAUCUGGAUGAAGAACUGAUGGCUCUCGCAAAAAUUGGAGACGAGUUGGAUUUGGAAAUGAGUGUUGAUCCUAUUUUAUUCGGCAAUGAGUUCCUCCCCUCUGUGGAUGACUUUUUCAACGAUUUCUCCGACCUUCCAAUGUCUGGGCUCGACAAUGAUUAUCAGUCCUGUUCUUUACGGGAUUUCAAUUUGGAUUUCGACCAGGAAGCAUUCGAUGAAGCUUUGGCUUGUAUUGAUGAUGCACCCAUCCCGAUGAAUGGAGCCUUCAACAUAGUAUGCCCUUAAGUUUUGCAGCAUAGGAUAGUCGAGUUAAGUUAUUUCGAUCGAAUUUUCAGUUAUAGAUAUUCAGCCGAGAUUUUAGGCGAGGAGGGAUGGGGAUAUGUGAAACGGGUUGGGUAACUCUUUGGUUUUUCUUGUGCUGUUUGAAGCCGUCCAAAGUGGUUCUACCUGACCUAACUUUGUUAUGGUACUUCCUCUUUUACAUAACCCUUCCCCUUCCCUGCUCUCAGGCUUUCUUCCUUUCUUUUAUUUUCUUUCUAAUAUGAAGUUUUUUGACUUUGGUUUA